GUAAGGAAGGAGUUGAUCAAACAACACCUCUUCGUACUUCUCGGAAUUCAUUGUCCCCUGGAAUCGCACCAACGCAACUGGGCCUGCAGCGCAGAUCGCACCCCACACUGCGAUUCCUCCCUUGUUUUGGCGUGACUGUUUGAUUUGGAGGUUUUCGGAGAAUCUGCUUUCUUUAGGAAAGAGCCAUAUCUGUUUAAAAAGCAAAAACUUUGAACGGAAUCUUUCAGUGCCUGGAAGUGCUAGUCAGCCCUACGUACGUAUUCGUAAGUGUGAACACCACUUCAUACAUACCUCGACUCGCCCCCCUGACAACUUGAACGUACAUUCGUCCGAGAAGAUCACCGAGUGGAAAAAAGCAGGAUUUUCAAGGAGCUGUUCCCGCUUCCACAGGCACCAAUAGAUUCGGUCUUCUUUAUGCUUUGAGGUUAGUUCAUCAGCAACUGCUUGACUUCUCCGUGCACCGUAUUCUUGCAGUCUUCGCAGGAGGGUUUUGUGCGGGAGUUGAAGAGUUGCUGCUGCUUUAACUGCACUCAGUGUUCGGUUUUCUUUCAAAAAAUUUAUGGCUGCUUGGUCUUCUUCGGCUGUUGUUUUUCUCGGUCUUCCUUUCUUAUGUUUCACCUUGCGUUCACCCGUUUCCUUGUCGUAUUGAUGCAGCACCCUGAUCACCCAGCUUUGCGAUUUUCGGACAUAUUUGCUGACUUUGGCUGAACUGCCUUCUUUCUCGUACAACGUAAAAACAGUUUUGACUAAAUCUGCAUCAACAUAUCUGCCGCGAACCAUUCUACCGCCAUAUUUUACGGAACGAGUGAAAUAAACAAAAAGAAAACAAAGCAGAAACGGAAGUUAGAAGUUUAAUAAAAUCAACAUUAUUAUUAUAUUUAAUUUGCUUGAGCCGACGGUCAGUCGACAGCCGGAAGUAGUUUUGAACAGAGAACGGCCGAUUGCGCACUGCGUACUUUUGAACAGCGAAUGGCCGUUUACGCAUUGUUUCGGGUUUUGGGCCUAUGCGACCAUUUUGUCCUAAGCUGUACUUUAUUUCCUCCUUUUAUUUAUUGUGGUCGGGAUAUAAAAUGAAUGUACCGCCAGAUACUAUAAUACCAUGUGUUAGUGUCAGUUAGGAUUUUGUAGAUGGAUGUCCUUAUGAGAUUCUAGCUUUUUAAACAUUCUAUAGAGCAAACGUGAUCUGUGAAUGCUUUAGCUUUGCUGACCUUUCAGCUUUACAAGUAUGCCAUGUCUCUACAAUUAACUGACAACCCCGGACAGCAUGCCCUUUACCCUUUUCGAAGGCCGUGGCACAAGAUAAAUGAAUCCUUGAAUGUGUCGGACGGACACAGCUAUACCAAAGUAUUCGGGCAUAGUAACCUUUCUCAAGCGCCAAUAGAUACCGGCUGGUUUGCAUUGCUAAUUUCCUUGAGUUCUUGUGCGAUAAUUUUGAAUACUCUGGUACUGCUGUCAUUUCUAUCAAAGAAAGUUAAGCCAUCAGCCUCUGAGGCAUUGAUUUUCAACUUAGUUUCCGCUGUGCUGAUGCAGAGCUCGUCGAAAUUGUUUGUGAUUACCCUGUACUCGGGGAAGGUCGUCUACAGUCAUUCGGAAAUCGUAUGCAAAAGUAUCAUGUUUUUCCACAUGUUAUCGUACGAUGCCAUAACUUGGUCGGAUCUCAUUUUGUGCAUUAAUCGCUUCGUUGCACUAUGCGUACCCCAAUACUACAGAAUAUUUAAGAAGCGAGCAACAGUGGCCGCAUUUCUAACAGUGGCAUGGAGUGCCGCCUUCGCCAGCGCCAUUCUCCCCAUUUUUGAUUUUCGCGGGAGUUACAAACAGAUCCCACCGGCCAAUAUGUGCGCUUUCGCCAUUUUUGGCAAAGCCGCCUUGCUUUCCGGUGUGGUCUCAUUACUUGCUCCUGUGUCGAUUACGGCCAUACUGUACUUAAUAGCGGUGGUCCAUCUCUUACGGAAAAGAUGGAAAGGUCAUCUAAUCGAUCAGGAGGUGAUCAAGACAGUGACAGAGCAUGGAUCAGAACUGGCUCAUUACCAUGCAUCCAAACUGAAACGGUGCCAUCGCAUGUUCAUUACGAUUCUUGUGAUGUUCUGCUGUUACACCGUUUGUAUUUUGCCAAUGCCGCUUGUGCAGUCCACAAUGGCCGAAUAUUUCCUCACUCAUACUUGGCUGCAGUUGUUGAUGAGAACGUUAACGCAAAUGGCUCAUAUUCUUAUUCCGAUUAUCCUGUUGUCCAUGAAUCGCGAAUACCGACACAGAAUACGGGAUUUGCUUUGGACAGUUAUCUGCAGAUAAUAUUAAUAUCGGACGCUCUUCUGUUCUAGAUGUAGUUAGACCUAAUUUAAUCCAUGCUAAUAUUUAACAAAU